GACCUUUCACACGGAAGUUCACAUUCCGCAGAGUUACUGCAUUCAUGCACAACACCUCUGUCACCCGAGACAGUUUUGAUCCUUAAACACUAUUUAAUUGUUCUUAUUGCUGGUCCGAAUCUUGCUUAAGAUAGUUAUUUGUGCGGUUAGCUUUAACAUGAAGAACAAAUGCGAAUUGACAUCGUCAGCCAGUCCUGAGACAGACAAGGAAGUGCCCUCGGGUUCCCCAAUGGAAGAUAAAGCUGUCAACACUGACCCGGAUUGGGAAACUAAGAUGAGGUUGCUGGAGGAGGAGACUAGAAUCCUGAUCCGCUUGUGUGAAGAUCUCAAACAUCAGCGGGAGGCUGGAGUUGUGGAUCAUAAAAUGAGACUCAAGAACGUAGAACAUAUGAUCAAUGACAAAAAAUGUCAGCAUCAGACUCUUCUGGAGAAGUUGGAUUCCAUGAACCUGAAACUAGAACAUAGCAAGAGAAAAGCAAACCAGAAGAAGUUCCUUGCCAAACAGGAAGAGCUCCUCACAGAGUUGAAACAAGUAGAGGAGAAGGGGAGAAGUCUGACAGUGGAGCUGGAGGAGAAGGAAGAAGCACUGGUUAAGCUAGAGGGAGAGCAGGUACUACAGAAAGAGACUUGGGAACAAGAGAUAGCUGAUCUUCGAGAAGAGAGGGACAGACUAAAGAAAGAAGUUGAAGAGGGCAGCAGGAAUGCCCUGAGAGAAGAGAUAGAAGCGCUGGAGUUUCAGAGAGAGGUGUACGUGAGUGAGUUGGAAGAAUGGCUGGCCGAGGCUGAGAAACAUAUUCAGUCUCUGAGGUUGAACCCAUCACCAGAAUACCUGCACCACAGCUUGGAGUGGGAGAGGAAAGUAGCCACGAUCCGGAGCACUGUGUCCAGCCUACAGGAACAUUUUAACAAGAUGAUCCAGCAGAUUCAACAGGGUCAGAUGCUUGAGGACCUUCCCACAGUUACCCUUCCCCCUUUACCAGAAAUCCCAGUGCUGCUCUACUUCUCCCAGCCAACCCACGUGGUCUCAAGCCAGCCCUAUGGUUUCAUGGCCAGACCGUUUGCACCCCAGAUGCCACCUUUCUAUUCGUCCCCUGUCCGUAUGAGCCAUGUUGGCCCUGCAUCACAGUCCAUAGCCAGGCCAGCCUUUGGCCCAGGUGCCCCAGCAGCACCAGCCUCGCACCCAAUGUUCCAAGCUGCACACCCUGGCAUGGCACCCUCAAUCAGAGGCCUGGCUCCAGGGUAUACCGGCGCUGCGCCGCAGAGACCCGUACCACAGACCACCGUGUCGCCACUUGCCUCCCCGCCCCCUGCUGCUGCUGCCGCUGCCCAGCCUUCUCAGCUGGACAAAGUGCUGCAAAUGUUGGGCACUCGCCUACCGACAAGGACAAGGGCAGAGCUCACCGUCGCCCUGCAGCAGAUUAAGUCUGCACGCGGCACCUUGGCUGGCAUGGCCAUGGAGGAUCUAUGCCAGCAGGUGGCAGAGCGGCUGGAACACAGCCAGAAACCAGUGAUGACACCUAUUGGGCAUCCACCUGUUGGCGUUUCCCCUCAUCUGUCUAAGCUACAGCAGCCCUCAAACCUUCCACAGGGCAUCCAGGUACCAUUUCAACAGUCUGUGGUUAGUUUGUGCUUGGUGUGCCAGGGCCAUGUAGAUGAACGCAGCCAGUAUAAAAUGAGAUGUUCUCACAUCAUUCACACACAGUGUGUUCGUGUUUGGCUCCAGUCCGGUACGAAAAAGGAAUGUCCCAUCUGUCCAGACUAAAGGGCUCUGCAUCACACACACACAGAAAUAUAUAUACGUUCUCUCCAUUUUGAUAGUACCUCACUACACACACAGCAAAAAGCUUCUUUUUUUUAAAGUGCUGUUGUAUCAGAUGAUGCAAAAUUAUUUUGAAUGUAACACUUUUGUAUAAAAAUGUUGUAUCAAAUGUAAAUACAUUUGUGGUGCAGAGGUAACAGUA